UUGUGUCAGCCGCGGUGUAGAUCCACAAGGAAAUUUGACAUAAUACUGUGUGAUUUCUACAGCAAAGAGUGAAAGAUGGACAGAGUGUUUGGGCUUUCUCUGCUCCUGGUGUUGCUUCUUUUUGACAAAAACAACAGCGAAGCCUCAUGUCCAGCCAGGUGCCAGUGUUUCACUCCAGCCCAAGUACUAUGCGCUGACGAACGGAUGUCAUCUUUACCCAAAAACGUGUCCAGACAGGUCAAGGAGUUUAUUUUAAUGACUUCCUCCGUGUCCUACCUGUUCAUCAACACUUUGCAGGAAAGCCCUCAGCUCACCACGCUCAUCCUGUUGAACAACGCGCUGCGAAGUAUUCACGUUCACGCUCUGGAUCAUCUGACGGAGCUGCAGGAGCUGGAGAUCAGUGGGAACCCCAUGCUGGAGCAUCUGUUUCUGGGGACUUUUUCCAAGCAGAGUAACCUGACUAAACUUCUGCUCAACUUCAACCGCUUUAGGACCGUUCUUCCAGGCAUGUUCGACUCCCUUAAACAACUCCACACUCUGCAGAUGAAGGGGAACCUUAUUUCCCAACUGCCUCCGCUCAUUUUCCUACACCUGCCCAACCUACGUGUCCUGGACCUGUCGCAAAACAAACUUACAGACUUACGAAGCGACAUUUUUUCUGGCCUGGAUCGUUUGGAAGUUCUUAAAAUUAACAACAACCUGAUCAGUAAUCUUACAUCAGACAUGUUCCAGAAUAUUUCUCAGCUUGCGGAGCUAAACUUGGAAGGGAAUCAGAUAACAGAACUCAGUGAGAACGUCUUUUCCGGGUUAGCCAAACUGCAGGUGCUGAACCUUCGGGGGAACCUUCUCACAACCUUUAGCGAUGAAGUGCUUGGAUCUGAUCCGUUAAAUCUAAAGGAGUUGAACCUGAAAGGAAACAGACUGACUGAAGUCACCUCUCUGAGCCGCCUCACAUCUCUCACAGACCUCAUCUUAUCCUCCAAUCAGCUGUUCAGCCUCCCUGAAGACGCUUUUAAAAAUCUUACAAACUUAGAGACUGUGGACCUCAGUGAAAACCAGCUGUCGUCUUUGCCCGAGACCAUCUUCCAUCAGCUGUUCAACAUCAAGGCGAUCCACUUAAACAAAAACAACCUGAGCAAAGUGGAAGCCAACCUCUUCCAGGACCAGAUGCUCAUUCAGCAGCUCUACUUGUCUGAUAACCAGUUGGAAACUCUCCCGUUCGGCCUCAUGGAUACAUUUGUUCUCCAACACAUAGUGAGGUUGCAUGGAAACCCCUGGAAAUGCGACUGCCACAUGUGGUACAUGCACGACUGGGUGCUUAAAUACAGCCAGGACAUAGAGAUGCUUGACAACCUGCUCUGCGACAGUCCCGACUUCCUUCGACGACACACCGUCAUCUCCGUGGCCAAGGACCAGCUAGUGUGUCAGAUAUCUGAGGACCACCUGCCUGAUCUGAGCAGAUGUGUAUUACACGCCUCUGGUGACACCAUGACAAUCAAGUGCAGAGUAACUAAAUGUUCCCCUCUGACGGUGAAGGUACAGUUUCAGGAGGACGGAGGCAGCCUGUGGGAGCAUGUCAUCAAAAACCAGGGAUCUGAAAGUUCUAACUGUAGCAACGAGACCACAACCGGGAAUCCCUUUGAGUAGAUUUUCCAGCGAAAUUAGACUUUGUUCUUUGUGCAAAUAUGACUUAUGCAUUUGUUCUUUUCUUCGGACUGUCAGAGUCAAUACUGUAAACAAACCUCCUACUCAGCCGCUGAUAGCCAGUAUACAUAAAUCCCACUGUUCAAAGUUCAGCCGAAAACCAUUAAACAUCAUGCA